UCGUAAAGUGUAAGAUAUUGCUAUAUUAGGUUUUAAAAAAUGAUUAUUGUUGGAAAAAAUCUUUAAUAAAAUCUUGAAUGAGCAAGGUUAAAACGGCAAAAAACAUAUGAAUAAAACCAACGAAACCCCAAACUACGCGCGCCCUUGGAGCGUGACUUGUCUUACUGCGGUCUAUAUUUUUACGCUGUUUAGCAAUUUCCUCACUCCCUUCACGAGUUCAGUCUUCCCCUUGUUGUUUACGCAGACACAGUACUUGCUUCCCUCCAGGAAGCAAAUUGCUCAUUGCUAACCCCUACCCAUCUCAAUCCAGCUACUGACUCUGGUCGCAUAUACAGUCAGUCAGAAUCUUGCAGUUGUCUUCCCGAAAGGUCGAACCCUAAUCCCUCUUCUCUUUUUCCCUUUCUUUCCCCCCCCCCCCCCCCCCCCCCCCCCCCCCACCCACCCUUUUCUAACCGUAGAGGUUCGACUGUUCAUUUCUACCAAUUUGGUCUCCUGCAUGUUCGCAGUCGGGUCAUUAUCGAGUGAGUUUGCGAUAGUUCUAGGGUUUUAUGGUCCAAUUCAUCUGAGCUUGCGAUCUGUUUGUUUCUCUGGAAAAUUCACUUGGUUGAAAGGGUACUCGUCCUUGGCCCGAGUGCCAGUUGGCUUAACUGGGAACUAGCGGGACGCAGGCUAGUUUAUGUUCAUAAACUUCAACUUUCCUUCAAUUCGUUUAAGGUCGUUCUGCUUAGAGUGGUUUGUUAAGCGCCGUCCUGGCUCUUAAUUGGCUGGGUCUCUCUAGUCUCUUCCAUGCAUUUGUUGCAUUUGCCUCUAGUUUCUUUGGGCGAGUUGGAUGGUACCCUUUUGUUUGUGGAUGAGAACCAUGGUGCUUUAUUCGUUAAAUGCGUCGAGUCUUUGUCUAACCCCAAGAUCUACACAGCACUCAACUUCAUUCUCGUCCGACCUUUGUACUCUGGCGCUGUUUGCUUUACUAUGACUAUGCGUUUUGAAUGGAUUCUCUCUAGAGAAGUUUCGGUGCUUACUUGUGAGUACUUUCUCGGUUUCAGGUACCACUUUGACAAAUUGAAGUUAAGAGGAGAUGGAGAACGACUCAGACAGCAGUACGGAUAUAAGUGACACAGAAAUGGAUGAGUACAAAGAUAAAAUUUAUGAAGAAAUCAAGGAAGGGAAGCAUAAGGUGCAGAACCCAGAUGAAACUUUUGCUUGCCCAUAUUGCCCAAAGAAGAGAAAGCAAGGCUAUCUUUACAAUGAAAUUCUGCAACAUGCUUCUGGGGUGGGCAAGAGUACAGGUAAGAGAACAUGCAAGGAGAAAGCAAAUCACCUAGCUCUGGCUCAGUUCCUGGAGAAGGAUGUAACUGGGGCAUCGUCAUCCAAAUCGGUCCAGAAUGGUGCUGAUCCUUUAAAUGGUUGCAACCGCAAUGAGGCGUUUGUGUGGCCUUGGAUUGGAGUUGUUGUUAAUAUUCCUACCAGCAGGGCACCGAAUGGGAAAUGUGUAGGAGCUAGUGGAUCAAAGUUUAGGAAUGAGUUAAUUACUAGAGGGUUUAACCCAACUAGAGUUCGUCCUCUGUGGAAUUAUCAUGGUCAUUCGGGGACAGCCAUUGUGGAGUUCAACAGAGACUGGCCUGGUUUGCACAAUGCUCUUUCGUUCGAAAAGGCUUACGAGGCUGACAAUCACGGAAAGAAGGAUUGGCUUGCUGAAAAUGAGAACAAGUCAGGUGUUUAUUGUUGGGUCGCUCGGGCUGACGACUACAAUGCUACCAACAUUGUUGGAGAAAAUUUGAGGAAGAUUGCGGAUCUUAAGACCAUUUCUGAUAUCAUGGAUGAAGAAGCCAGGAAGCAGAAUAGUCUGGUGUCCAAUCUGACAAAUUUAAUUGAGAUUAAAAAUAAACAGGUGGAGGAGAUGGCUGAGAAAUGCAAGGAGGCGUCAGCUUCUCUCCAGAACGUGAUGGAAAAGAAAGAAACUCUUCUGCAAGCUUACAAUGAAGAAAUACGGAAAAUCCAAGCAAGUGCGCGUGAUCACUACCAGAGGAUAUUUAAUGACCAUGAAAAGUUGAAGUCUCAAGUGGAAACCCAGAAGAAGGAGCUUGAGAUGCGCCAGUCACAAUUGGAAGAGCGAGAAGCUAAAAAUGAAAUUGACAGAAAAACACUUCUGGAAGAGAUGGAAAAGAAUGCAACUAAAAAUAGUUCACUUCAGUUAGCCUCCUUAGAGCAACAGAAGGCAGAUGAGGAUGUAAUGAAAUUGGCUGAAGAUCAGAAGAGGGAAAAAGAAAAGCUUCACAAUAGAAUCCUCCAACUGGAAAAACAACUGGAUGUGAAACAGACACUAGAGUUAGAAAUAGAGCAACUCAGAGGCACUUUGAAUGUGAUGAAGCACAUGGGAGAUGAUGGUGAUGCUGAAAUUUUGAAGAAAGUGGAAGCCAUUAUGAAAGAUCUGAAAGAGAAGGAGGAUGAUCUUGACAAUGUAGAAUCACUGAACCAGACUCUCAUUGUCAAGGAGCGCAAGAGCAAUGAUGAGUUGCAGGAUGCCCGUAAGGAAUUGGUCAAUUGCUUGAAAGAUAUGUCAAUCCGUGGUCCUAUACGCGUCAAGCGAAUGGGAGAACUUGAUGGGGAGCCAUUCCUUCAAGCCUUGAGGAAAAAGUAUUCCGAGGACGAAGCAGACGAGAAAGCGUCAGAGCUUUGUUCGCUUUGGGUAGAGUACCUCAAAGAUCCAGAUUGGCAUCCUUUCAAAAGGGUUGUGGUUGAUGAGAAGCAUCAGGAAAUAAUUGACGAGGAAGAUGAACGACUGAGUGGUCUGAAGAAGCAAGUUGGCGAGGAAGCCUACAAAGCUGUGGCGUCCGCUUUGAUGGAGAUCAACGAAUAUAACCCCAGUGGGAGGUACAUAAUUUCUGAAGUGUGGAACUACAAAGAAGGUAGAAGGGCGACCCUGAAGGAAGGGGUCACAUUCCUGUUAGACGUGUUGGAGCGACGGAAGAUGUGAAUGCCGAACGGUACCUACCUGAUACUGAAGCUGAACACCCAUUUGAAUGGUUCCUCAUCUUUGUGAUACUUAACCAGCACUGAUAGUUCUCAUCAGGAAACAUCAUUUUCAUUUAACAGGUAAAUGCCAAGGCGUCCAGGACACUGGGGAAGGGCGAUAGAACUGCUAGAAACUUAUCUGCUCGAGGUCAAUCAGGUCAUAAACGCCGUCGUGGCUGCUGCGUGUUAGUGUGUUGGUUGGAAAUUUAUCUUCUUAGCCUGAAUGUUUCAUGCAAGCAUUCGGGUUGGUCUUUUCUGUACCUUGUUUAAUAAAAUUUUCCAUGGAUGAUGAUGAUGUAGUCGACAAAAAUUGGAAGAACUGCUGCGAGAGAGUAGUCCCGUAUUCCUGGAAGUUCUGAUAAGCAAUGAUGCUACGGUUACGCUUGGAAAUAUUGUGUUGUACUCUUUGUACAUUUUUAUUAGGACUGUUUCUGUUACUGAAGUGGAAGCUACUCUAUUAGUGUCUAGAGGUAACCACAAUUUGCAACAAGUGAAGAGCCCCGCGCCAACAUGAAUUUCUUAGGGCACCAAGACAGGACAGGUUAUUUGGCGCACAAUCAAACAACUAACAUCAACAUUUUCGAUUUACAACCAUGAUGAAAUGCAAAUCACAUCACGAUGAUCGCAUAAAACGAUAAAUGAAUG